CGUUCAAGAAGAAGACGAAAACGGUAGCAAACAAACAAAUCCUAGCAGAAAACAGCGAAUUUAGCAGGAGAAAAGUGGAGGUUUUAUCUCCGCCGGGUUUUCGUUGGAUAGAUUAGUUCUUGUUUUUAACGAAAUAUUUGUAUACGGGCCUUAAAAGGGAGAGAACAAAUGAACCUGUUAUCUAACAUUUGCUAACUCUAGCCAAGCGUCGGCUAGCCUCAAGUUAAUCCUUUUCGUGUGUUUUAUUUUCUGUUGGAAGUGUAUUUAUAAGAUUAUAAACGGUUUGAACUGUAUAGCAAGAACUGCCCGCUUAAUUAAAUGAUUAGUUAAACGUCUGGAGUUUCGAUUUCUUCCAACUGAGUUCAGAUAUAAACAGAGAAAUCCGUUGCACUGAAAGCAUCCCAGGAUGGCCCACCUCGGUGUCUGGCCUAAGUGGACUCAGCUGAGUGUCUUUUUAUUGGUCUUCUCCUGCGUGUGUGUUCCCUCACCAACACAUGCAUAUAUAUUUGUUCAUUUCUACAAUAUGACCUCCAUGUUAUUUGAGGACCUACCUGCUUUGUUUGGACCUCCUCUUCCUGAGGAGGGAUUAAUGGGUCUUUUGGUGGUAUCCCGUCCGCUCAAUGGUUGUACGACGAUGGAUCCUCCUCCUCCACUGCCAACAAACUAUGAUGCCAACACCACUAAAUUUAUCGCUCUCAUUAGGCGAUAUGAAUGCAACUUUGAUAUAAAGGUUCUUAAUGCACAGAAAGCUGGGUACAGUGCAGCAAUCGUUCACAACACCAACUCAGACAUUCUUCUCAAUAUGAACUCCAGUAAUGAAACGAUUGCAGGGCAGAUUGAAAUCCCCUCUGUGUUCACCAGCGACCGUGCUGCAAAAUUGCUCAAGACUGUCCUUCAUGAACCUGGAGCCUAUGUGAUACUGAAGCCCGAGUUCACUUUUCCACUUUCAUAUUACCUGAUUCCAUUUACUGGGGUGGUUGGCAUGAUUAUUCUUGUCAUGUGUGUAAUCCUGGUUAUACGAUGCGUUCAGUACAGAAAACGUAUGAGGAAAAACCGUUUGACCAAAGAGCAGCUGAAGCGCAUUCCAACUCAUAAGUUCAGGAAAGGAGAUGACUACGAUCUAUGUGCCAUCUGUCUGGAUGAGUAUGAAGAAGGAGACAAGCUGAGAGUUUUACCUUGCUCACAUGCAUAUCACUGCAAGUGCGUCGACCCAUGGCUCACCCUGACCAAGAAGACAUGCCCUGUGUGCAAACAGCGCGUUACACGAAACAACCCAGGGCACCCCGAGUCCGACUCCGAGGAGGAAACCGGUGGUCCGAGAGAGGAGGAGGAGCAGGCAGCAGAGGGGACGGGGGACUCUGAGCGCACUCCUUUGCUCCGCCCGUCCACGCCUAGCUCUCCUCCUGGGAACCCAGGAGCCUACUCAGCCACCACCACCACUGCCCAGUGCCUUGUCUCUCCGCCGCACCCUGACUCCCCCAUCCGGAGCUACGAAGGUUACUACUCCCCACAAGAAGACACAGAGUCUGAGAGUAGUGACGGGGGAGAGGAUCAGCACUACAGUGACAGCGACACGGCUCAGCUAAUUGGCAGGAAGGACCUGGUGGUGUGAACCUUUUGGCAAAAAAAGCCAGUUUUACUCCGAAAGGAAGAAAAGCAAACGGGGAGGGAAGUUUCGCCAUUUUAAGUGUGCCGAUUUAGCGUGCUGUUGCUGUUUGGAUUAUUAUCACACUUCUAAACAAUUUCCACAUUUGUCAUUUUCUAACAAAUGUUUUUUCCACUUAUCAGAGGGAGACUUAUUUUGAAAGUUAAGGCAGUAAAUCUGUUUCACCAAAGUAAAUUUUAAGCUAUUCCCCUCACAUAGACAUGGUAACCCUUACUCUCACUCUGCCCGCCCACUUCCUGUCUGAUUCUGUGACUUUAUUACACUACAGGACCUGAUCACUAAAGCCGCCCCAUUGUAGGUCUGACCAAAGCUAAUCUGGUUGAAGUGGUUUAGGGAGGAAUCCUGCUGAGGUUGGAAUGGGUGGGGGUGUCUUCUCGCUUUUACUUUUGUUAAGGAAGAAUAAAUGUUUCUCGUUUCGAUGAUAAAAUCCACUAUUCUAGAACGUCUGAAAGCUUUUAUACCUUGAUGUUGGCAUUGCUCUGUGGGCAGUUUUUGGUUUGAUCCCAUUUAUUGAUUUUGAGUGAACUCAGGUUUAUUUCACAGUUAAAGGUCAGUGAGAAUCUGAAGUGAAAAACCAAGUGCAAAAAAAAAAAGAACGGAUGGGUUUCAGUUAUAAUUUUUGUUUUCUUUGCUUCUUUUACUUCUUUAUUUUCAGUUUUUACAUACGUACAGAUUGAGCAUUAAAACGCAUUGCCUUACAUUGGCCUUGAUGUUCAUGUUAAAUGUUCGCUAAUCGAGUAGUCGAGGUAGACACUCCUUCCUCAGUUUUAGUUUGAUUUUUCUUGUUGAAUUGUGUCUUGUUUCAUGGUGUAAUAACUUGUUUCCUGUUUUUGUUUUUUUAAGUGGAGGGAGUUUGUUUCUGUGGAAAGAUUGUUUUAUUUGUACCCUAACAUCAGAUAGAUCAGGGCUAAACUAAGGCUGGUUAUGCUCUUUUUAAUACGGCCUGUUUAGUGUCAUUUGUGUGAAAAACACAAAUGGGACGUUUUAGAAGGUUUUGACCGUACUGUUUUAAUGCUUAAAUAAGAAAAAAAGGACCAUCUUUAACAUGAGCUCUGAAGUUGAAAAGUAUUGACUACUGUUAAAAUUUGCUGAUCUGUGUGACUCUAAAAUCGAAUAAACAGGGUUUUUUUUUUUUUUUUUUUAAACCAUUUCGCUUUUAACAAGCUGUUCAUACAUGUACAUUAGGAUUUAUGAUUUUUCUAUUGAGGAAGAGUGCAAUUAUUGUAUUAUUUGAUUUAAUGCAUCAUAAAAUACUAAAUAUGAUGGAGAAAUGAUUGGGAUUAUCAUCUUGUCAGCAGGGGUUGAAGGUGCAUCACUAAAAAUGUGGAUUACUAGAAUUCCUUCCUUCACAUUUUUCUGCCAGUGAGCCUCCCCACGUUGUCAAGGAUUGAUCUGGAUCUGUUCGCAAUAGAAGGACUCUUUUCAUAUUUACAAAUUGCUUUGAAUUUAUAUUUUGUACUGUAGUUUUUUUUCUAUAUCUGAGCUUUAGUCUGUUAAUGGAAACAAAUGGAAAUGUAAAAUCAUUUAAAACUCAAUUAUCACACGUUUUUAUUUUAAAUUUUUUUUUUAGAAUGUGCCUGAGUUAUCAGACAUUACAUGUACAGUCUGUAAAGACUCAUAGAAGGUAAGAUUAAAUGUCUUUAUUGUGAACGAUUUAAAAGAAUUUAAAUGGGAUGUGUUGCCAUAAUUUGCUGGAAAAGGAAAGUUGAUGUGAUUUCUCUCUACAGAUGCUCAUUGACACAUGAUUCUUGAUAAUAAA